CAAAUGUCAUUUAUAUUUAUUGAGAAAACAAUUUAUGGGCGUUGUUUUGUUAAUUUUUCUUUAAUUCUACUUUUAUUUGUUUAUUUGUUGUCCAUUUUAUGUAUUAAAUAUUUAAUAAAUAUUGACAAGACUAUAUUUAUCAACUCAAAUGGCUUCCCUAACUCUAUUUAUUCUCAUUAUUUUAUCAAUAACCAUUGAACAAAGUUUGGCUAUUUGGUGCUAUCGUUGCACUUCAGCCACACCUGGAUGUGGUGAAAACUUCAAUUGGCGAGGUAUUGGAUUCCUUGGCGAACAUUGUCCAGAAGAUGAAGAUAUUUGUGUGAAAGUGACAGAAAAAAGAGGAGCUAAACAAACAAUUAUCCGAGAAUGUUUGAGUGCUUUAAAUUUCCGAACAGACAUUCCAGCUGAUAAAUACGAAGGAUGUCGCAAAGCUGCUGUCGACGUUCGAUUGGCUCAUUAUGUCAAUCACACUGUCAAGGAACACGACGUCCGUAGAGACUAUUUCACUGAUGUGGAAUAUUGUUUCUGUUUUCUCGAUCAUCGAUGCAAUGGAGCCACAACAAUUAGCACAAAUUUAAUAGUUGUUGGGGUAGCUUUGGUUGGUUUAUUAGGAGUUGCAUUAAGAUAAAAACGAAUCGAAUAAUUUUUAUUGUAUUUUAAGUCGAAACUAAUUCCGUCCAAAAAAUUUUGUACAAAAUCCAAUUUGUAUACAGUUUUUUUUUACAAUUUUAACUACUGUGCCUUGUGUUUAACAAAUUUUAUACAAAACAAAUACAAUUUUUAAAAUAAACGA